AUGUGCGCGGGGCUCCGCGGCGAGCUGCCGGCCCUGGCCCUGCUGCUGCUCCUCGCCCGGGCGGCGGCGGGCACUGAGGCCACGCGGCCGCCCGAGGGACAGCCCGAGCGCACCCCGCAGCAGAAGGGGCGGCUGUCCCUGCAGAACACAGCUGAGAUCCAGCACUGCCUGGUUAAUGCCGGUGAUGUGGGAUGUGGAGUGUUUGAGUGCUUUGAGAACAAUUCUUGUGAGAUCCGAGGCUUACACGAGAUCUGCAUGACUUUCCUGCACAACGCUGGAAAAUUCGAUGCCCAGGGAAAAUCCUUCAUUAAAGAUGCUCUGAAGUGUAAGGCUCAUGCCUUGAGGCAUAAAUUCAGCUGCAUCAGCCGUAAGUGCCCAGCCAUUAAAGAGAUGGUGUUCCAGUUACAGCGGGAGUGCUACCUGAAGCAUGACCUCUGCUCCGCUGCCAAGGAGAACGUCCAGGUCAUUGUGGAGAUGAUUCACUUCAAAGACCUGCUGCAGCAUGAGCCAUAUGUUGACCUAGUGAACAUCCUGCUCACCUGUGGCGAGGAGGUGAAAAAAGCAAUAACAAGAAGCGUCCAGGCCCAAUGCGAACAGAACUGGGGAAGUCUCUGCUCUAUCCUGAGCUUCUGCACCUCCUCCAUGCACGGCGAUGCCAUUCUGGGCCCCGAAAAGAAGACAGGCGAAGCCGGCAAAGCCACUGCUGGCCGUGGGGAUGUGCUGGUCCCUGCCGAGCCUGAGCACAGGGAGAGCUCACGAGCAGCCAAGGGAGAGAGAGGUACCAAGGGCCACCUGAACGCCCAUGCCCGGGUGAAGGCUGGGGCCCAUGGUCCCAAAGGAGCGCAUGGGAUCAUGGACCGGACGGACGAACUGUCCGACUUCUCGGACAUCCGGAGGUGAGAAAAGGCACCAAACCCCCAUUACCCAUAUCCUCCUCCUCUGCUGGAACCUUCCUCCGUUGAGUCCAUCUUCCCGUCUAUGGACAUUCCAAAGCAUUUCCCAUUCAGAGGUCAAGCACAGGGCAUUGCAAGAUAUAUGGACCUCAGCAACCGUGUAUAUAGUAGCAAAGGGAGAGCAGUGGCAGUGGGUUAUUGAUCCAGCAAACUCAACACUUGAGCAGCCGCCAAAUGUGGCGAAACGUCUCCAACUAAAUUCUUUUUUCCCCUUUUUUUGGGAGGUAGGGAUCAUUGCGCGUUUGUUUGUUUGUUUUCUUCAUCCCCUCUUGGGGAGAAGGUUACGGGAGGGCUCAGGCAGAUGGCACGCAGCCGCUCAUGGCUUAGCACCUCCAAGGGCUCCAGGCGCAGCCUUGUAGCAGAUGGCUGAAUUCCAGAGGGGUUUGGUUUCUUCAUGUGGCUGAGCAGGCAGGAGCUCAAGGUUGCCUGUGACACUCAGCAGUGAAAUAGCCAUCCUGCCUCUGGCGCAGGGACUGUGCGGUCUGGAGCUCUGUACUGUCUGCUGAGUGACUCCUGAGCCAUUGUCCCCAUCGGGCAGCGCUGCCAACUUUAAGUACCCCCUAUUUGUUUUUUAACCACUGCAUAACUUGACACUUGCUUAUCCAGUCACUUACCGAAGGCAGUCAGCUUCCAGACGGAGCAGUCUGGUUGUCACUCACCUACUCCACCUAGGGCCCCCAAGAACUCCUUCACAAGCCUCUAAAUCCCCCCACUCAGAUACAGCUCCUCUGCCCUAUGCACAACCCGAGUGUGAGAGGAUGGGCGCAGGCUCAGACAUUGGAGGACCCCAUGUACAGUGUUCUUUGCAGGGCUGUGUCAGAAGCCCUUGGAACCUUUCUCCGUAGCUAACAUGGUGUGGUUUGUUGGGACGUGGAGCCCACUGUAACCCACCUGUCAGCCAUGGUUUAUCAAAAUGCCAAAGAUAGGGAGAGAGGGCUGACUUCAUUAAUUGUUGCGAUUUAUUGGAGAUCAAGAGUGCCAAGAAUUUGUUGUCUUUAAGCAGUUAUAAGUGUGAGUGAGAUGUUUGGAGCAUCUCUCCUACCCCCUAUGCAAUUAUAGUUCUCAGGUUGCAGACCUGCAAUCCUUUAUCCCUAGAUAUCAUACUGGAAAGGGAGGGGACAGCACCCAUGGGGACACAAGAGUGAAUACUUCAGCUUCCUCUGGAGGCAGACUGAAUUUUCUUAGAAAGUGGGAAUCGCACCAAGAGUUUGAGCCUAGUUAUUUAGAAAGUUUGCGAGGAGAGCUGUGGGGGCAGGAAGGCAGUUGAGUAGGGACAGAACGUACCCAGCGAACCAAUGUACGUUUGUCGCAUGGUGGGAAGAAGCUGUAUAAACAGUAGAGGGUGUUGGAAUUUGGCUACGAUUUCCAACUCAGAUUUUAGCUACUGCUAAGUGAGCACAGCUCCUAAUAGCUAUAUUCAGGGUUUAAUGCAUGUAUCCACCUGCAGAAUUUAUAGGCAGUACUUUUAAUAGAAGCCAUGUAGGAAGCAAGAGAGAACCGCUAAGUUGAAGAGAUGUCUCUGUGUGAUCACCAGGCCUUGUUCAAAGUGACCUUGAUCCCAAUGGUUCUAGCUGUGUUCAGUGACAAAGUUUUCUUCAACUUAAUUGGGAAGAUGUGGGAUCGGACCCAAUGCAGUGACAAAGGCUGCCCUGACCCAAGGAGCAGAGCUCCUUCCAGUGAGUGUCCUCUCCCCGUUGGUGGCAUUUGGCCACCAGGUAGAACAAGCUCGAACCAAAAAGACAAUUCAGGCAUUUUAGCACAAAAAAAAAGAAGAAAAAAAAAAAAAGAAAAGCCACAAAACAACCAACAAAUCACUACCGACAUCAUGUUCACACAUCAGAGUAACACAGGACAUCUCUUUCGUUGGAGGUCCGAUUCAUCUAUGGGAGCCAAACAUACAGAUCUAUACAUCCUUGAAUGUCUCCAUCAACAUAUCACCUCAGCAUGCAUACAGUUUUAUUUGUAUUCAUUUGUUGUUCUGAGUGGGGAAAAUUGUAUAUUCCCCUUUGUCAAUGGAAAUCUCUUUGGGGCGGGUGGGCAAGCAGUGGGUGGGAGGGAUUUUUGUAUAAGGCAUAACUUUUUUUUUUUCCUCUGUGUGUGAAGAUUUUAUGUGUUCAUCUACUGAUUCCACAUAUGCUAUUAUUGUAAAUAUUUAACAUUUCUAUUUAUUAUAGUGUCUCCAUUUAAAAAAAAAGAACACUGCUGGCUAUGAUAAUUUAAACGUACGUCAUGACCUGUGUUGUAUAUAUUCAUGCCACUAGUAUGGUUUUUUUUUUUAAUGUUUAAAGCUACUUAAAUAUAGUUUUAUACAGUUCCAUAAUGUUAUUGACAGCAUAAAUCAUUUAUUUAUUGUUAAACCUUCGUUCACGUCUAACAAAUAGGGUGCAUUUUACCUGAGAGUAUUUUAUUGUGACAUCUACAUAGCCUUAAUUCUUUAUAAAGUGAAAAAAACGAAAAAAAAUCCAUUUAGAUACUGUAUGAUGCUUUAAUUAACAUUCCUUAUGAACUCGCAGUUCAUGGAGGAGGUUUAGCUUCAAAGCCAAGGUAUGAAUGUUUCCUUUACGCUUUGCAUCUGGAAUGAGCCUUGUUCUGGAAUGAGAAUACUGGGAGAAGCAAAAUGCCUGCUGGAAAAAGAUACCAAUAAACCCUGGAAAAUGCUGUCCUAACUUAAAGUGCUGAACUAAAAGGAAAAAAAAAAAAAAAAGACAAACUGUCCUUAAAUCCAAAUCUCUGGGAGAACAAACAUACUAGUUUUAUCUCAUGUAGAAUUCGCAGCCAAAUAAGCUUGUAAAAAAAAAAAGAAAAAAAAAA